AUGAGUGAUUUAAAAAAUGAAUACUUUCUGGACGAGAGCGUUAAUGAAGAUAAUGUAGAUAUAGAGUUAAUAAGGCUUGUAAAAGUUAAUCUAGGGCUCUGGGACAAGAGUUCUAAGAAGUACAGUAAUAUUUUAGAAAGAGACAUGGCCUGGGAGUCUGUAGUAUCACUUUUGCCAAUUGAAAUGACAGGGACUGAUGCAGCAAAAAGGUUUCGCACAUUGCAAACUACAUUUGGUCGCUACUAUAAAAAAGUAAGGGAAUCUCAACCUAGAUCUGAUGCUGGGUCAAACUGGCCCAUUUAUCAGCCAGAUUGGCCGCUUUAUGAGGAGCUGCUCUUUCUGAUUGACGUCAUAAAACCACGUCUCAUACAAAGUCAAAUACAUUUGCUAAGUCAGUAUUGA